AUGUUCCGUCCUGCUCUUCGUCCGCUUUCUCGUCGUUUCCCCUCUUCUUUAAUCCGUCCCUUAUCUACCGCUACUCCACUUCUUAGUAAACCCACCACUACUACCACCACCCCCUCAAUCGGCCAACUCCCAGCCGACUCCACUACCCAAUUCGAAGCAAACCUCGCAGCCUUUCGCGGAAAGCAAGCUUCGCAGCAAGAAGCCGCCCGUCAAAAGGCCACAGAAGCUGCAGCAGCCGCUCGUGCGGCUGUUACCGACCCAAACAGUCCCGAGGCUGUUGCUGCUGCUGCUGCUGGAAGCGCCGAGGGUGGUCCUGACAUCAAGACUGGUGGUGUCUUCUCCAAACUUCUCCACGGGUCGAGUGAAGCUCAACAUGAUACUUACCAAAUUCAGGAAUCUUUCUCAAAGGUUCUUGCUAGAGGAAAGUAUGUUCACGAGUUGGUGUUUCACCGUGUGAGACCGGAUAAGGUCGAUGAAUACGUCGAACUUAUUGGGACUGAGUAUCCUCGGGUUGCCAAUGAUCCCAGGGCCGAAGUCAAACUCGUGGGUAGCUGGAAUACUGAAAUCGGGGAGGGUGACACAUUCCUCCACAUCUGGGAAUACAACGGCUACUCUGGCUACCAUUCCACCCAACGCUACCUCGACGGCCUCCCACAGACUCAAAAAUACAAAAAGGAAGUCCGCAAGUACCUCCAAUCGCGCUCCAACUCUCUCGCUCAAGAGUUCUCGUUUUGGCCUACCACCCCACCUAGGGCUUUGGGAGGUGUAUUCGAGCUCCGGUCGUAUACUUUGCAUCCGGGGAAUCUAUUAGAGUGGGAGACUCAUUGGAGACGUGGAUUGGUGGCUAGACAGAGUCAGGGUAUGGAAGGUGUCGGAGCAUGGUUUACUCAGAUUGGUGGAUUGAACGAAGUUCACUACCUCUGGCAAUUUGGAGAUUUGAGAGGACGACAGAUAUUGAGAGAGAAGAGUUGGCAAGCAGAGGGAUGGGCGGAUACCGUGCAUAAGACAAUUCCACUGAUCGCAAAAAUGCAGUCCAAGAUUCUUCUACCUCUCCCCUGGUCGCCUGUUAAAUAG